AUGUUUCAACAUGUUGAACAGAACAAAAAAAUUGUUGAUGAAAGUGUGGGUGAAGCAAAAUUUUCAGAUUCACAAAACACAUUUCCAGAUGAGGAGGUUAAAAGUAUCAAUCUUGAUUUCAUACAACAAAAUUUGAGAGUUCGAGAUGAUUCAAAGAACAUUGAAGCGGCUGCAGAAAUAAUUGAAAAUACAUCAAUGGCUGAUUGUGAAAAACCAAAUUUAGAUGAACAAAUUAAUUCAGAAGUCCACAACCAUGAAGCAGUUUUUGGAGAAGGAAAAUCUCAACCAGAUUUACGUGAUUCUCAAGUAACAAUUCCUGAUGAGUUGCUACCCAAUCUUAACGAAUAUGUGAAUCUGAAAAGAAGCAUUAUUGUUCAUUCAUCUGCAAAUAAAGAACAAACUCCUCUGAAUGUUUCAAGAAUUAAAAAACCAUCUAAAUUCAAGGAAUCACCAUUCACUACGAAAUUUGGUUCAGCAGAAGGAAGCACAGAAGUGCAGACAAAAAAAUUUAAAUUGAAGCAUCCAUUUGAAUCUCAUCCAAUUUUUGAUAUUGAAGACACUAAGGUCACCAAUAAGUUCAUGACGUGGCUUUCAGUGGAACUUCUCAAAUAUCAUGCAAAGAAAAGCAACAAAGAGGAAUAUUAUCUGAAAAACAAGUCCAAGAUAUCAGCUUUGAAUUUGGCAUUCUAUCAGUUGAAGGCAAGAAUUAGUUCUAUGUUAUGGGUAUUCCUGAACAGUCAUGGUGAGAUGAGGGAUUGUGGGUUAUAUAUGAUUACAUAUGCUAAGUGCCUUACAUUUAGUGGAAGUGUUCCAAAAGUUGACUUUGAUCCAGAUCUUCUCCGCACGAGAUACACUUCAAUGUUGUGGCAUUAUAGUACAAAAAAAUAAGAAGAGAAGGCACAAAGUGAUGAUGAAGCACCAAGUAGGCCUCGUAGGGAAAUCCAGAUAACAGAAGUUACUGAAGUACAUGAUAUUUGACUUUUAUUUUGAGAUGAAUGUUUUUGAUAACAAUAAACAUUUUGUUGACGAUUUUUUUGUUGAAUAUAUUUUAGGUUUCAUAUGUUAAUUCAA